CUAACACGUACCUACCUUAUGUACUUCCUAUAUUCUUCAGUGCGAAGCCGCGUCUAACUUUAUCGCUGACGUUUACCAAAACAUCCAUUUUUACAACAGCAUUACAAUGGAUCGCAGUCUUGACGAGAUCGUUGCUGAGUCUCAGCACAGAAAACGAGGUUCCAGACCUCGUAGAGGUGGCGGCGGCCGGCCUCGAGAGCGCGACUCUUAUCCCCGCGACGGUGUAAGAAAGUCAACCAGAGAUGAUUCGAGAAACUUGGAUUCGGAGUGGGUUCACGAUAAAUUCGAUGAUCCUAGCUCUCGCAAUCGCCCGCGACACCCGAGACGACGUUCUCCAGAUCGAUUCCAGGAGACUCGUGGAACCAAGGUCAAGGUAGAGAAUUUGCACUACGAGCUCACCGAAGACGAUCUCGAUGGGUUGUUCAACAAGAUCGGUCCAGUAGUCAAGCUGGAGCUGUUGUACGACCGUGCUGGACGCUCUGAGGGCACAGCCUUUAUCACGUAUGAGAAUCGCGACGAUGCGAUGGAGGCAAUCAAGCAGUACGAUAAUGCCAAUGCCAAGGGUCAGCCCAUCCGUUUGUCAGUCUUGUCAUCGGCACCACCCCGGCGCAACCCCUUCGACACUGCGCACAUGCCUGGUCGAUCAUUGGCCGAGCGUAUCACCCGCCCGCGCUCUCUCUCACCUAGACGGUAUUCUGAGAGAGACCGAGGUGUCGAUCGCUACGUGCCAGGUGGUGGUAGUCGAUCCCGUAGCCCUCUUCCUCGCCGACGUGGCGGCGGCGGCGGCGGGAGACGACCUGGAGCACGACGUGAAGGACGAGAGGGUCGCGAAGGUCGCGAGGGACGUGAAGGGCGUGAAGGUGGCGGUACGCCAAAUGGGCGAGAGCGGGUUGGCCGAAAUGGGCGCCCAAAGAAGACACAGGAGGAGCUUGAUGCCGAAAUGGCUGAUUAUUUUAACCCGAGCGGCAGUAACGACGCAGCUCCAGCGGCCGAGACGGCUGGCGCCAUUGUCUCGGCUAUUGAUGAUGUGGAUAUGAUCGAAUAAUCGGCUCCUAAAGAAACAUCCCUCAUAUUUGUAUACAUGCUAUAGCUUAUCCCAACCGGCUAGAGAAAUGAGAGU